AUGAGUAUAAUUGAUGUGGAUCAAGUCGUCAUCCCGAAACUCAUUUUUUAUAACGACCCGACAGUGAUAAACAUGUGCCACCCGACAAUAGAAAGAGACGACUUUGUGGAGGGAGAAAAAGAAUUGGAGGAACUCAACACACAAAUUGUGACCAACACACCUGAAGUUGAAUUUGGUGGGACAAAAAAGAGGGAAGAAGAGGAUAUGUACGUCAUCGUGGAAACAACAGGGUUCGACUACUUCAAGUACCAACCAACGUUGCACGAAAGCGAUAUACAAUACUUUAUGACACAUUAUAAAAAUGCUUCGGAUUUUAUUAAUCAGGAGAUACAAAAGGAUAUCAUAGAUGUCAACGAGUGCUUUAAACAUAUAAACAGAAUGAUGUUCAGAGAUCACAUCACAAACACAACAAUUGAGUGGUCGAAACGGAUGACAUCGUGUGCUGGGAUUUGUUAUGGAAAGCCGAAUGGCUGUGUUAUAAGACUUUCACAGGGAAUUCUCUCGUACAGACCUACAAAAGAUACUGUAACCACAUUAGUUCAUGAAAGUGUUCAUGCCCAUUUGUUUAGAACGCAUACAAGAGAUGAUGACUCGCACGGAACACGAUUUCAUGAGUGGAUGACGGUGAUAAAUGAACACACGUGUUUGAAUGUGACUGUGUUUCACACGUUUUUUGAUGAGUGCAACAAUUUGAAGAAACACGUUUGGAGAUGUGACGGGACUUGUCGCGAUAAGCCACCAUUUUAUGGAUAUGUGAAAAGGUCAAUGAACAGAGCGCCAGGCCCCAAUGACUUUUGGUACAAAAAGCACCAAGAGACAUGUGGUGGUAAAUUUAUCAAAAUCUCUGGUCCCGAAAAGGAAACAAAAUUUGCGAAAGAAAAGAAGCCAAGAAAGUCUACCAAGAAAUCUGUUCAAUCGGACCUCAAGAAGAUCUUCGACGACAUGUGUCAAAACAAAUGA